AUGGCGACGGAGCUCCACCUCAACUACUUCAACAUCCCUGCGCGGGGCGAGCUCACGCGGCUACUCUGCGCGUACGGCGACCUUCCGCUCAGCGAGACGCGCUACUCGUUCCGAGAGUACUUUGCGACGAAAGCCUACCUGGACCUUCCGUUCGGCCAAGUGCCGACGCUCCACGUGGACGGCAAGGUGUUUGCGCAGAGCAUUGCGAUCGCGCGCUACGUAGCCAAGCGUGUUGGCCUGUACCCAGGUGACGCGCUACUCGCACUCGCGGCCGACAGCGUCGUCGACGCCAUCAGCGAUGUCUACUCGGAAGUCUGCCCCGUCGUGUACGCCAAAAUGGACGCCGACAUGCGCGCAAAGAAGCUUGCGCACGUGAACCAGCACGUGCUGCCGACGGCGCUGGCGGCGCUCGAGCGGCGGCUCGUUGGCGCCUACUUUGCCGGCGAGGCGCUCUCGUUCGCUGACAUUUACCUCCUUGACCUCUUUGACAACGUCGUCGCGGGCUUUCCAGGCCAAAUCACCGUGUCGACUCAAGCGUACCCCAAGCUCCAGGCGCUCGUGGCUGCUCUUCGGAAAAGCGACAAGCUGCGGACGUACUACGCGUCCAAGUUUAUGUUCACGUCCCGAUCUAUUUCCAAGAGCUUUGUCUCGGUGGCCCAGCGCGAAGGUGUCGGCGCGACCGUGCGCCGGUCCAUUGGUCACCCGAUGCUGCGCCGCCUCGACCCGUUCUUGAUGCUCGACGAGUUCCACGUGCAGCUCCCCGGCGGGUUUCCCGACCACCCGCACCGCGGCUUUGAGACCAUCACGUAUCUCUUGCCGCACUCGCCCGGCACGAUGCUUCACGAAGACUUUUGCGGCCACCGCGGCGAGCUCGCGCCUGGUGACCUCCAGUGGAUCUUUGGCUCAAUUUGCCCAAGUCGCUCAAGAUGA